AUGUUAGACUUUGUUCUUCCCUGGUCGGUUGAAAGCUGAGUGAAUACGUUACACGGUGCACCGGUUUAUAAGUCAUCCCCUUAAACUGCACUGAAGAGGAGAGAGAGAAGGGGAAAGGAGUAAGGGAGAAGGGAUGACUGAAAAGAGAGAAGCAACAGGGGAACAAACAGAGAAGGACAAAAAGAGACCACAAAGUACAGUGGAACACUGAGGUUAUCCAACACUAUUACAACAUUCAUAGUGGUGGAGUGGUCCAACAGCUGCAGGAAUGUGGAUGGAUACCAAAACAGAAGUGGAGGAGGCCAGCAGGAGCCGUGCCAGCCUCAGUCGGCGUGUGUUUAACCGUCUGAUGUUGUGUACUGGGGACAUGGAACACUUGGAUAAGUACAUGCAGGACAAGCCGUUUGUGCUGCAGCUGGUGGUGUGGGGUCUGAGAGGAGUGACCAGAGUGAUUCUAGCCAACAACCCGCUGAGUGGUGCUCUCAUCUUGGCUGCACUGUACUGGGCCUCCCCCUGGCAGGGCCUGCUGGGAACUCUGGGUGUACUGGCCUCUACGCUAACAGCUGUUGUCGUAGGGCAAGACAGUGCUGAGGUGUCAGGAGGUCUCCAUGGUUUUAACGGCAUGUUGGUGUCUCUGCUGAUGGGAGUGUUCAGUUCGGCUGGAGACUGGUACUGGUGGCUGCUGUUGCCCGUCUGCCUGGGGUCAGCUACAUGUGUCUUUCUGUUCAGUGGUCUCUCCUCACUGUUGGACCGUUGGGACUUGCCCGUCGCCGUGUUUCCCUUCAACACAGUUAUCGUCCUCUACCUCCUUUGCACCGGUCCAGAAAACCCCUAUUUCCCACACCAUCCAGCUACACCACCAGGAGCACUGGAAACCAACGGCACUGAGCUCAUUGCAGUAGAGGUGAUGCGUGGCAUCCUUCUUGGUGUGGGUCAGAUCUUUGCCUGUGGAGCCCUGGGUCCCUCCCUUCUCAUCCUUGGAGCAGUUCUGCUUUACUCCCCCCUGCUGGCCGUCCACUCUCUGCUGGGAUCUGCCGUUGGAACAUUGGCUGGUUUAUCCAUGGCCGUGCGUCAUGAUUCUCUGUACUCAGGUCUGUCUGGCUUUAAUGGAGCUCUGGGCUGCAUGGCUAUUGGAGGACUCUUCUUCACCUUCAGCUGGAGGACCCACCUCUUAGCGAUCGCCAGCGCCUUCCUCUCUGCAUAUGCUGACAUGGCUCUGAGCAAUCUGCUGGGAACUGUUGGUCUCCCAGCAUGCAGUUGGGCAGCUACUCUGACAGCCACACUGAUGUUGCUGCUGACUGGCAGCUUAGCAGCGUACCGCAUCCCUAUUCGUCAAGUCAGGGCCCCUGAACACAACCUGCGCUCUCGCAGCCAAUGGGAAGCUGGGAACACAGAAGAAAGGGAGAGCACUGAUUUUUGACUCGCCAACGAAGAAACGACAGGCAAUUUAAAGGGAAAGAAAACUUCAUUUAAUAGGCAUGAAAUCAAGUCAAUUCAAUAAAAUCAUCCGUUGUUAAAAUGACAGUUUAACUGUUAUCGUCAAUAAAAACACAGACUGAAUUCAACAGUAAUUCUUUUUUAACCCCUUCAUUACUCCGCAAAGACAUACUACAUACAGAGGACUCCACUGGAACUCAUUGUAAAAACAGGCUGUACAUAAACCUCAACGCAGGCAGACGGUGAGACAGUGAGUCCAGGCAGACGACAGCUAAUGUGUUUGUUAAUGGUCAACUGCUUAGGCCAGGAAGUGAAAGGCAACUGUCUGAAUUAUUAUUAUUAUCAUUAUUAUUAUUACAGAUUCUCUUAAAUGAAAUGGUAAUGGUGUUUAGCCGUGGUUCAUUAUCAGUGUUUUUUCACAUUGCUUCAUGUUGCCUGUUUUCACGUUUACAUUCACACACACAAACCACACACCUCAGUCGAAAGCCAUUAAAGAAUAAUACAUAUUAAAAAGAUAAUUUUCCUUUUUUUGUCAUACAGAUGAUGGGACACAUUCUGCCACAAAUGUCGACAUCUUCUCUAAACGUUUUUUCUUUACAUCAUGCAUUUCUAGCUCAGUGCUUUUAGGGAUUUUUUUUCGACAUCAUUUUCAUUUCAUGGACUAAAUUCUUUUAUCAUGAUACCUCAUAGACAAUGGUGAUGAGGUUGGUAACAAGAAGAAACAUACAAAAAGUGGCUCUCAGUCUGUGAUUGAUCAAGCAUAAUAAUAAUAAUAAUAAUAAUAAUAAUAAUAAUAAUAAUAAUGAUAA